AAUCAUAAAACAAACCUCUCAUACAACAAUAACGUUAACAGAAACACAAAAACUUCCCCUUGUUUUAGUUUGUCUGAAAAAUAGCAAUAACAAUGUCUCAGUAUCAAAACCAAUAUGGUGCUGCUCAAACAGGUAUGACCGAUGAAUAUGGAAACCCAGUGAACCAACUUGAUCAAUAUGGCAACCCUGUUAGUGGCGGUGGGUUCACCGGUGAAGCCGGUAAACAACACUUUGGAACUACCGGUGCUACAGGUCAUGGGCAUGGUCAACAACAUCGUGGAGAUGAUCAAAACACAGGGUAUGGGACCAACACAGGUGGUGCGGGGGGUUAUGGAAGCACCAACACUGGAAGUGGUUAUGGUACAGGCACAGGGUACGGUGGAACUACCGGUGCUGCAGGUCAUGGUCAUGGUCAACAACAUCGUGGUGAUGAUCAAACCACAGGGUAUGGGACCAACACAGGUGGUGUUGGUGGUUAUGGAACCAAGCCUGAGUAUGGAAGCACCAACACUGGAAGUGGUUAUGGUACCGGAACAGGAUACGGUGGAACUGGAACUACUGAGUAUGUGAGAGAGGAGCAUCAUGGAGAUAAGAAAGGGGUUAUGGAUAAGAUUAAGGAAAAGAUUCCUGGUACUGAACAAUCAAGAACCAAUACUGAUGGAACAGGGUAUGGAACAACUGGUUAUGGAGCUAGUGGAGGUGGUAUCGGAAACACUGGUCAAGAGUAUGUGAGAGAGGAGCACCGUGUUGAUCAUGGAGAUCAGCAACAUGGAGAGAAGAAAGGGAUUAUGGAGAAGAUUAAGGAGAAGCUUCCUGGUACUGGAGGAUGCACUGGACACUAGAUCAUCAUCAUGAUGAUUAAUAUCAAUACAUAUAUUAUAUGCAUACUAUCAAUAAUGUAUAAAACUUUUGGUUUGUGUAAUUUGUUUCAUAUGAGGUGGGUCUGUACUGUAUAAUAAGUGUUGUAUCACUAUCAAUAAAAAACUUUCAAUA